GCAGGCAGUUUUUGCUUGAUCUAUAUGAAAAUCCGGUCAAAUUUUAAGUUUCAAAAAAUAAAUAAAUUAGUUAGAAGGAAAUGGGUAAGAAGUUUUGCUAUUUGGAGCUGAGGACAGCAAAUCAGGCAGAACCGCGAGUCGAAAAUAGAAGGAGUUACCGUCAGGGAACUCGGAAUUUCCCAUUGGAAAAGGAUCAGGAUGCCAGGGAGGAGAAAGAUGAGGGCGAUGAGCCCAUUGCAAGGCCACCACAGAUAAAAGGAGUUCUGGAUAACAUGGCCAAUGGCUACUUGAGAUUGGUCCAUCAAAUCCAGGCUCAUCUCAGUCCUCCACCGCCUGUCUUAAUCCAGGUUGAAGAAAAACGUGAGGUGGGUGGAGAGAUUCCCAAGAGUCCAGUGAUCGAAGAUGAAAUCUCGCAGUCUUCAGAGGAUGGCACUCAACCGAGAAUCGGCUUUGUGGACUUGUUUCGGCGCAGUCUUCAAUUCGAGUGCUUGGGUAUUCCCCUAACUCCCUUGGAACUGUUCUCUAUGGAAGGUCAGAAGACUAAAGAACCGAAAGGGAGAAUCCUAGGUGGUUUUCGAACUGGCACUGAAGAGAGGAAACCAUCUACAACAUCACAGGGAGGGUCUUGUAAAGGAAAGGAAUGGGAUUCUAAGGAAAAGCCAUCUUUAAAAUAUGAUUGUCCUCAAACCGAAACUAGAAACUAUUUGUUUUCAGAAUUAAACCCAACUCCGAAGGCAAUGGAAAACAUUCAAAACGAAUGUGACCAUUCGGAAUCGGGAGAGGAAGAAGAAGCUUUCUUGAAUGAUGAAAGUUAUAAUCAGAUUUCAACUAUUGAGCUGGCUAAGUAUGCGCCCAAGUUUCGGAGUCGAUUUCUAGGAAAUUCUCCCCAUGCAAACCUGACCAAAGAAUCACCAAAGAGAAGUUCUUCCCAAAAUCUAUCUCACUUUCCUGUUUCAUAUUCUGCUCUCACCUCCUCUGGAUUACCACCGAAAACAUCAGUUGCUCAUUUACCAUCUCAAGAUUCCGUUCAACUUUCGGACCAAUCUCAAAAUUCUAAUCCGAUAAAAACUCGAAGGUGCUCCAAAUUCUCUGUUCAAAGUUCAAGCAAAAUUCAGGGGAAACCAAACAAAGUUCCAAAGAAACGUCAAUCUAGAUGUGGUUUUCAAGGUGGAAAUAAGAAGAGUUCAAUACCAGAAAAUUAUAAAAUCUCUAACUGCAGUGAAAUGCCAAAAAAUACAUGUGAAAUGGAUUUUAGGGAAUCUAACGAGCCCAGUUGUUCGUUGAAAUGUUUCCUACCCAAGAAGAAAGCCAUAAACGCGAAGGUCAAUGUAUCCAAGAUGUGUUUAAACUCACGAUGGGUGCCUUGUGGGCCGGAAGGUAAGCAUCAUCGACCAGGUCCCUGCCAUAUUUGUCCCAUCCAUGGAACCUCAAGAUCUAAGGGUGUAUCCUUGGAGACCCUAUUGGCGCCCAGAAGUCUUAAAGAUUGUCAUAGCAGUGGCAGUGAGGCCUUCCAGAACGAUAACAAUUUAAUAGGUUUUAAGGGUAGAAAAACCCCGGAUCCCGUGAAUAGUUCCUCAUUGGAGGUAUUCGACAAACGCCUGAAAGCCCUGCUGAAAAGUGAGCCCACUAAGCCGUGCUUAAAGAAGCCUGCCGAUCCAGUCGAUGAUCCCAAUCCCGAUCCUGAUGGUACCGAGCAGCUGGCUCCCCUGCACUCCAACGAUACCUUCACGGAAGUCUGGAUAAACACCGAGUUGGGCAGGGGUCACCUGGAUCAUCAAAAGCAGUGCCUCGGAGGACUCUACGGUCAGGCGGAUAAGCUGAAGUAUCAGCCCUUGGAUCGACUGUAUGCCGGCUGUGCGGGCUUGCCGCUUUUCAAGAAGUCGGAUGAAACGCUGGCGAGAACACAGUACUUUGUGACCGAGUUCGAUAAGCAGAGUCGAGCGGAAAGGAUGCAGGAUAUCAAAUUGCGAAUGGGUCAGUUGCGUUGGCUGCAGGCCACCUCGGAUCGGGAAUAUAGAAGGCACUUCGAGGACCACAAGAUGGCCUUCAAGCCGGUCCUCAGCAACUCGGUGAAGUAUGUGUGCCCCUCGAACAACUGUGAGUGUCCCACCGUGAUGAACGCCACUCUGUUGGGACACUUUUUGUCCCAGCACCUGGAUGAAUCGGGCAUUGAGCUGCGUGAGAUCUUCGAGGAUCAGCGUGUGCUAAUGGUCUUUAGCCCCAAGGAUUUUGAUCUUGGCCAGAACACCUGCGUGUCGGUGAUCGCCUACGGAGGGGUUAGGGGUAAGCCCUGCACCCUGCCCGCCGCCAGAUUUAUGCCCACCCGGAACAAGGAGUUGCCGGAACCCUACCAGCACUUCGACAACCACCUGCCCCUCUUCGUGAUGAUCUGCAGGAAUCGGCUGAGCAGCCUCGAGGGUCGGGGUAGAAGGGUGCGGUUCGAGGGACUCGACGACGAGGAUGUCCUCGCCCUGUGGAUGGUCAGCAUGGAUCUGCCGCGUCCCGUUCAUGUGGUGAUGACGGUGAUCAACCGGCGACUGGACAUCACCAGGAGCUCGAUCAUGAAGGUCCGGGGACUCCACAAGUCGCACAAUUGCCUCGACUUUAUGCCACACAGCCAGCAGUACAUGCGACUCAACGACCACGAUCUGCGGGUCCUGACCAACGACCAUACGGAACCCGUCUAUAUGGAGAUCGCUGUGAAGGAGUACGGCGGUAUUUUUCCCUGCCACUUAGCACACUGAAAAAGUAACCCAUUCUCCCAAUGAUUUUGUAAAAUUUCAGUGGUGACCUCUGCAAUAUUUUUUUUAAAUUUUCGUCUA